CCAUGCUGCAUGCUGCCGGAGAUCAGCCUGAUCAGUCUGUGGCUGCAUCGAUCUCCGAAGACGCUAGGGAGUUUGAGUACACUGAUACUAAGAGAGAAGAGGAAGAAGAAGGUAUAGUCUGUAGCCCCGCCAACUACGUCCCCCUAACUCCCCUCAGCUUUCUCGAGCGCGCCGCCAUCGUCUGCUCUGAUCGCCCUGCUGUAAUCUACGGCUCUCGUACGUACACGUGGAGGGAAACCCAUGGACGUUGCCUCCGCCUCGCGUCCGCCCUCACCCAAUUGGGGAUAUCUCGCCAAGAUGUUGUCGCCGUUCUUGCGCCCAACGUCCCUGCAACAUACGAGCUCCACUUCAGCGUUCCAAUGGCUGGCUCCCGACAAGACUCAGCCAUGCUGUCCGUCCUACUGAAGCACUCCGGGGCCAAAGUCCUCUUCGUCGACAGCCAGUUGCUUGAAAAAGCCCAAGGCGCACUCGAGCUUCUUUCCCAAUCCAACGCAAGCCCUCCUCUGCUGGUGGUAAUCUCAGAACCAGGAUCACCGACUCCUUCAACUGACAUCGACUAUGAGAAUCUCAUCACGAAUGCCGACCCACAGUUUGACAUCAGAUGGCCAGUUGAUGAAUGUGAGCCUAUAUCCAUAAACUACACUUCAGGUACCACAUCCAAACCGAAAGGUGUCAUUUACACUCAUCGAGGAGCGUACCUGAACGCCAUCGCGACAGUUCUCAUGCAUGAAAUUACGUCAAUGCCAGUGUAUCUAUGGACAGUACCGAUGUUUCACUGCAACGGUUGGUGCCUUGCUUGGGGCGUCGCAGCUCAGGGUGGGACCAACAUCUGCAUCCGAAAAGUCACAGCCAAGGUCAUCUUCAGUAGCAUCUCUCUGCACAAGGUGACGCACAUGGGCGGUGCACCAACAGUUCUGAACUCCAUCGUGAACUCGCCAGCUGGCGACCGGAAACCACUUCCCCAUAAAGUAGCGUUGAUGACCGGGGGUUCUUCGCCCCCACCUCAGGUUCUGUUCCAGAUAGAGGAGCUGGGGUUUACAGUCAUCCACAUCUAUGGACUCACUGAGACCUACGGUCCAGCGACGGCUUGUACAUGGAAGCCAGAGUGGGACUCUUUACCGGCAGAAGAAAAGGCGAGGACAAAAUCUCGUCAGGGGCUUCAUCAUUCCGGGAUCGAAAUGGAUGUGAAGGAUCCAGUUACGAUGAAGAGUGUUCCGCAAGACGGUAAGACGAUGGGCGAGGUGAUGUUCAGAGGAAACACAGUGAUGGCUGGGUAUUAUAAAGAUAGGGAGGCGACUGCUGAGGCUUUAGCUGGUGGCUGGUUUCGGUCUGGAGAUUUGGCAGUUAGACAUGAUGAUGGGUAUAUACAGCUGAAGGACCGAUCCAAGGACAUUGUGAUUUCAGGUGGGGAGAAUAUAAGCACGAUCGAGGUAGAGUCUGUGCUUUUUGGGCAUCCAGCGAUCCUUGAGGCGGCAGUCAUUGCAAGGCCUGACGAGCACUGGGGUGAGACGCCCUGUGCUUUUGUGAAGCUGAAGGAGGGGUGUAGUGCAAGCGAAGAGGAGAUAGUGAAGUACUGUCGCGAUUCGCUGCCUCAUUAUAUGGCGCCGAAGACAGUUGUUUUCGAGGACAUACCGAAGACUUCAACAGGGAAAGUGCAGAAGUAUGUGUUGAGGGAGAAAGCAAAGGCAAUGGGAAGUAUUUCUCAGACUAAUGGUGCUCCAAAAAUUUGAUUUGUUUAUGGCUAUAUUUUCUUUAUUUGUUGUUUUUUCCCCUAAAUAUUAGAUGAUGGGAUUUGUUGAAAGUCUACGAACCGAGCUGAGAGUUUUCUGUACAUGGGAGAGGAUACAAACUCUGAAAGUGAAUAACCAGAUUGUUGUCUUUCUCCAUCUGUACAUGGGAGUUGUAGUUAAUUGAGUUGUAAUUUCUUGUUUAAGUAGUCAUUUAAUAGUCGGUUACUUUUUCUUUUUUGCUAGUUA